UCAUGAACACCUGCUGAUUACUUCAUGACAUACACGUUACUUUGACAUACACGUUACUUUUUGUUUUCUUUUAAAAACAAAGUGAGCGCGUGCGUUUGGACUCGUGUCGUUUGGACAGAGAGAGGACAGCCGGUGACCGGAGACAGUCGGUAACACCGGGGACAUGAAGCGCGUCAGAGACGAUGGAGAGGUGAGCGGACUGUCAGUCACCACAGAGGCGCCUCCCUCUGGGAUGUCCAAGAAUGGAUACUUCUUUCAAGAAAUGGAGCAGAGGGAGGUGGAGCAGGAGGAGGGCAGCGAGGGCCGAGAGGAGGGACAGGACUCGCCGAUCGCCUGCGGAGAUGACAUCCACCUCUAUGACAACCAGAUCAGCCCUGGGCCAGACGCUGACGACUCCGGUUGCGUGUUACUGAACACAUCAAGAAAGUAUGUGAAGCUGAUGAACUUUGAGGAGGAAGUCCGGGCACACCGGGACCUGGACGGCUUCCUGGCCAGGGCCACUAUCCUGCUGGAUGAGACGGCUGCCUCUCUGGACGACGUCCUGAAGAGAAUGUUGCACCACGUAGGCCAGGACAGCCAUACGUCCGAGCCCAGCUGCAACUUCGAGGAGGUGAUGAGCAUGCUUUUCACAGAUGCAGGAGCGCAGGAGGUCAACGACAAGUCUCAAAGUUUCGUUUUCUUUGAUGACGUCCACCUGCUGUCAGAGACCAUCCAGGGGGUGACAGCCACCGCCACCGGGGUCCAGUACCAACAGUCCUGGCUCUGCAUCCUCUGCAACGUGAAGCAUCUCCAGAGGCGUCACGUGUGCAUCUCCCGCCUGGAGAGGCCGCAAAACUGGGGGGAGAACUGCUGCGAGGUCCGCUAUGUCAUCCUGAUCCUGGCCCCGCUCAAAAUGAAAAGCACCAAGACAGCGAUGGAGCUGGGCCGGACGUUCGCCACCCUGUUCUCUGACAUCUCCUUCAGGCAGAAGCUGCUGGAGACGAAGACGCAGGAGGAGUUUAAGGAGGCGCUGGUGUUCCAGAGGCACCAGCUGACAGCGACCAACCAGCAGCCCACCGCUCUGGGGAAGGAGGAGACCGACCCCCGCAGCCACAAACCCCUCAAGUGUAAAGAUUUCUUCAAAGCCGGCCGGGGGAUUUAUGAGGACUUGUGCCGCAGGCUGCCUUUCUACCCCUCUGACUUCACAGAUGGUAUCGUCGGCAGUAAUAAAACCCUGCUGAAGUACAUGACCACAGCCAUCUUCCUCUACAUCGCCAUCCUCCUCCCCGCCAUCGCUUUCGGCUCCCUCAAUGACGAAAGCACUCGUGGCGAGAUAGAUGUUCGGAAGACCAUCAUCGGCCAAAGCAUCGGCGGGGUCAUCUACUCGUUGUUCGCCGGCUCUCCUCUGGUCAUCCCUCUAACCACGGCUCCCCUCGCCAUCUUCAUCAGCGUGAUCCGAGGAAUCUGUGACGACUACAACCUGGACUUCCCGGCUUUCUACGCCUGCAUCGGUUUGUGGAACUGUCUCUUCCUCAUCCUGGGAGGCGUCUUCAACGUCAGUCUGCUCAUGAAGCUCUUCAAAAGGUCGACAGAGGAAGUCAUCGCCCUGUUCAUCUCCAUUGCAUUCGUGGUAGACGCAGUGAAGGGCACAGUCAAAAUCUUUCACAGGUAUUACCACUCCCCGACGCUGGCUAACAGAAGCAUAGAGGACUUUCCUCCGGGUGGAGACCUGCUCGGGGGAAACAGGAGCGAGGUGGCAGCUAACUUGGCCCUCAACGCCCUCCCUGAAACCCUGAUCCAGUGCACUCGAGAGAGGCCCGUCCUCUGCCUCCUGCUGAUGCUCGGGACGUUAUGGAUGGGCUACACCCUCUACCAGUUCAAAAGGAGUCCAUUCCUGCAUGCCAAAGUGAGGGAGGUGCUGUCGGACUGCGCCCUGCCGAUCUCCGUGCUGUUGUUCUCCUUCAUCGGCUCGUACCUCUUCAGUGACAUUGAGCUGCCGGUCUUUAAAGUUCAUAACCGGCCCGUUUUCAACGUGGCCCCCUUUGAGAGGCUGUCAGCCAUGAACGUGGUCAGCGCCAUGGGCCUCGGCUUCCUCCUGGCCCUCCUCAUCUUCAUCGACCAGAACAUCGUCGUCUCUCUGACCAAUGCUCCAGAGAACAGGUUGCUGAAGGGCACGGCGUAUCACUGGGACCUGAUGCUCUCUGGACUCAUUAACAUACUGAUGUCGGUGCUGGGGUUGCCCUGGAUGCACGCCGCCUUCCCCCACUCCACCCUCCAUGUGCGCCAGCUGGCUUUCGUGGAGCAACGCGUGGAGGGGGGGCACCUCUAUGAGACUAUCGUCCAGGUGAAGGAGACCCGGCUGACGUCUCUGACUGCCAACAUCUUCAUCGGCGUGUCGGUGCUGCUGCUGCCACUCCCGCUGCAGUGGAUCCCCAAACCCGUCCUAUACGGCCUCUUCCUCUACAUCGCCCUCACCUCCAUCGACGGAAACCAGAUGUGCGACCGCAUGGCUCUCCUCCUCAAGGAGCAGACGUCUUACCCGCCUACCCACUACAUCCGCAAAGUGCCCCAGAGAAAGAUCCACUACUUCACCUUCCUGCAGAUGAUGCAGCUGCUGGUGCUGUGUACGUUUGGCAUGUACCCGAUACCGUACAUGAAGAUGAUCUUCCCUCUGAUCAUGAUCCUGCUAAUUCCAAUCAGGAACAACGUACUUCCUCAUAUCAUUGAGGCCAAAUACUUGGACAUAAUGGACGCCCAACACAUGUAGCUACAGCUGAAGACGAGUUCUGGAUCCACAAAAAAGACGUCUAGAAUUUAAAAAGAAAAAAAAAAAGAAAAAAUUAAAAUGAGGAUUUAAAAAAACAACAACGUAUUUUUCAAUGCAAAACUGUACGGAAGCAAAAAAAAAAGGAAGGAGGAAACACCGACUGUUUUGAUUUUUGUAUCCGAUAAGAACAUUCUUACAGGUGAAGCACUGGAAAUGUGGGAAGUCGUGUGAGGAGGAGAGAUGAGAGCCGUAGGAAAUGUUUUUCCAAACAUGGACUGACAGCAUCUCUCUGGGUUAAAGUUCUACCAAAAAAACUGGACCGCCCAGAACUCCCUGUUUCACCUGCGUUUGACCCUGUCAGAUCGUUCAGUGCCAUAUACCUCCAUGUCCUCCUCUCACACCUUUACAUUUUAUGGUAACAUUUUAUCCUUACUGCAGUGUAUUCAUCUGUGUGUUAAGCUAAAACUGUGUAAGGAAUUCAAAUGCUGCCGGUGUACAUUGUAGAGUACUUAGAAAGGUGUAAUGGCACAAUGUAAGUAUGAACAAUACCUUUUUUGACACUUUGCACUCACAUUGUGUUUUUACACUGUCAUCCGGGUAAAUUUUACAUACUUACACUGUGUUCAUAAGUACUUAAAUACUUUUUUCCAUGGGUGAAUUAACUGGUAAGAACACUGCGUUUAGGCCACUGCAGAGUAAAUCUUUACCUUUUGUAUUGCUGUCGUCGUGCAGUGUUGAAAUCUUCUACAUUCCUGCACCUUUUAGCUGUGAUCGCCCUUUUUUCUACGAAGGACGCCCGCGUUCGUACAUAUUUAGUUUCUGAGUCAUUCCAACAAAUGUCCGUGUUCAUUAAGGAGAGGAAAGAGGUGUGUGCGUUUGUGUGUGUGUGUGUGUGUGAGUGUGUGUCCCUCAUCUAGCUUCCUGUCAACCUCAUUUUAAAAGUGGAAUUUAAGUGCUCAGCUGAAUAAAAACAUACAUUCCACAGGUAAAUAUAUUAUAUGUAAUUAUUUAGAACGACAGCACAAACCAAAACAUAUAGUGAAAUCUUUAUCAAAUUAUGAAUAUAUUAGAAUAUAUUAUGGCAAUAUACAAAAAGUAUUUUAGGUUAAAUUCAAAUAGAAUAUUUAUUUAUCAUGAUGACAGUUUAUCUUUUGUGUGUUUAGCCCAAACUGGAAAGUAAUCUGUAACUCUCUGUUUGCUCCUCGACAUUCCACAGUUCCUCAUUCUUGUAUUUUGAGUGUUUUGUCUUACAUCCGGCUUUUGCCGCAGUGUUUACAUGUCGGAGUCCCUCAGAUUUCAUGUCAAAGUCUAACACAGUUCUGGUGCAUUGCUAGUAAAGAGGAAAGUCAGGUAAAGGUGAAAAAUAAGCUGGAAAAAAGUAUCUGUGGGUUUUGGGUUCAACAAAAUGCAUCCCUUUGUUUUCUUUUUCUUUUGGUGAACAAGUGUUCAGAGAUGAGUUUUAGAAUAAUCUGGUCUUGUUUUCUAUUUAGAUGUUAUGAUUAGAUCAAUGCUUGCAAAUGUUGUCAUGUAAUAAUCCAGACGUCUGGAGAAAUUAUCUUGUUAUCUACAGUACAAAAAGAAAAAAAAAAGACAAUUUCUAGGCACUGGUUUGCGUUAAAGCAUGACUCAUCUGGGUUUUUGAUACAAUGUGAUGCCAAUGGUCAUGUAUCCUACACAAGAAGAAAAAAAAGUAGCAAGUCAAACAGUAACUUCUCAAUAAACCGAAUGCAAUGCUCAAUAUUCAGCAAUACUGUGUAUAAAAACAGAACUUCACUGGUGAGUUUCCCGUGCAGCUAAGGUGGACACAUCAGUGAAGCAGACAGGCCAGCUGUAUUUUUUAAGACAGCAACUUUUCAGUCCAUCCACAUGGUACUGCUGCUCUGUGCUGAUUCAAUUAUUGCACACAUCAAGGAGAGGAAAAAAAAAAAGUUUGCCUGUCAACAAGGCAUUCUCAGUGCCGGGUUUUAUUACGGUUUAGUUGCUUUCCCAAUGUCCAAAUGGCAGCUCCCUCAUGAGUUCUGUUCAAACUUUGUCUUACAGAUGUGGGAAAGAUGUCCAAUUUAAGCAGAUGUCUCAUGCCGGCAUAGCAAGGCAUGAAAGGAAAGCUCUGAAGUAUUUACAUAAUCCUUGGACUAAGGCUUAAGACAGCACUAGUGAGAGAACAGAGAGAUUGUGAGGUAUGAAGUAAUAUGUACAGUUUGCAAUGCAAAGUUUAGUUUCUAUCAACUAUCCAUUAUAAUCCAUGGCAAGGUAUUAGUUUCUAACUUUGGACCGAGUACAGAGAUUUAACCAUUCUUCUUAUGUGACAGUAUUGUUGUUGUUCCUUGAUAUCUUCUCUGUACUGAUGAUUUUGGAAUAGCAGCAAAUUUCUCUCAGAUGACUUAACGUCGGAUUCAGAGUGAAAGACAUAUUACUCUGUUUGUGAAACCUUGACUUCCCUCCUCCUGAUUGGAUUCGUUUGAAAAUUGCGUACUGUGGUGUUUUGUUUUUUUCCUUUUUCUUUUCCUGAUUUCAUAUAGCCUACUUUUUCUAAUCAUGAAUGUAAGAUGUGUGGAUUUUUAUAUAGCAUACUAAUUUAGGUGUCAAACAGAAUCUGUAAUUUUGUCAAAAAGAUCAGCUAUAUUUGUAAGCUGUAAUAUGUAAAAAUGAGAAAAAAAUGGUUAUCAAACAGAAUGUGUUGGUUUACUAUAGUAUAUAUAUACUGUACACUGAAAAAGAGAGACUAUCUCAAGCUGUUUGCCAAAUAAAAAGUAGUAGUGAUGUAA